AGUUUGAUUUACAUAUAUAGCAUAUUUCAUUUUGGCUUUAAUUAUGGAGAAAAAGUUUUUCCUGUCUUUUCUGUUCCUCUUGCCUUUUUUCAUGAUUCUUGUUAUAGCGGAAUCCGAAGAAGAGAAUCCCGAUGACUUAAUUCAGCUGGGUGUUACUAGAAAUAAAAUCAUGACAGCUCAAUAUGAAUGUUACCAGAAAAUUAUGCAAGACCCUGUUCAACAAACAGAAGGCAUUUAUUGUAACAGAACCUGGGAUGGAUGGCUGUGCUGGAAUGAUGUUGCUGCAGGAACGGAAUCAAUGCAGCACUGCCCUGAUUACUUUCAGGAUUUUGAUCCUUCAGAAAAAGUUACAAAAAUCUGUGACCAAGAUGGAAACUGGUUUAGACAUCCAGCAAGCAACAGAACAUGGACAAAUUAUACCCAGUGUAAUGUUAACACACAUGAGAAAGUGAAGACGGCACUGAAUUUGUUUUACCUGACUAUAAUUGGACAUGUAUUGUCUAUUGCAUCACUGCUUAUCUCCCUUGGCAUAUUCUUUUAUUUCAAGAGCCUAAGUUGCCAAAGGAUUACCUUGCACAAAAAUUUGUUCUUCUCUUUUGUUUGUAAUUCUAUCAUAACCAUCAUUCAUCUCACUGCAGUGGCCAACAACCAGGCCUUAGUGGCCACAAAUCCUGUUAGUUGUAAAGUGUCCCAGUUCAUUCAUCUUUACCUGAUGGGCUGUAACUACUUUUGGAUGCUUUGUGAAGGCAUUUACCUGCAUACGCUUGUUGUAGUGGCUGUAUUUGCAGAGAAGCAGCACUUGAUGUGGUAUUAUUUUCUUGGCUGGGGAUUUCCACUGAUUCCUGCUUGUAUUCACGCUGUUGCCAGAAGAUUAUAUUACAAUGACAACUGCUGGAUCAGUUCUGAUACGCAACUUCUCUACAUUAUUCACGGCCCAAUUUGUGCUGCUUUAUUGGUGAAUCUUUUUUUCCUAUUAAAUAUUGUACGUGUUCUUAUCACCAAGUUAAAAGUUACUCACCAAGCAGAAUCCAAUCUCUACAUGAAAGCUGUGAGAGCUACGCUUAUCCUGGUGCCAUUACUUGGCAUUGAAUUUGUGCUGAUUCCAUGGCGACCUGAAGGGAAGAUAGCAGAAGAGAUAUAUGAUUACAUCAUAAACAUCCUCAUGCACUAUCAGGGUCUCUUGGUAUCUACAAUUUUCUGCUUCUUUAAUGGAGAGGUUCAAGCAAUUCUGAGAAGAAACUGGAAUCAAUAUAAAAUCCAAUUUGGAAACAACUUUUCCCACUCAGAUACUCUCCGUAGUGCAUCUUACACAGUUUCAACAAUCAGUGAUGGUACAGGUUACAGUCAUGACUGUCUAAGCGAACACUUAAAUGGAAAAAGCAUCCACGAUACUGAAAACGUGGUCAUAAAACCGGAAAAGUUAUACGAUUGAUAAUAGAGGGUGUAUUGCUGAACUAUUUUUUGCCACUCCUAACUCAAGGACUUGGAUCCAUGACUUUACA